AUGAUUUCCGCUCCUCUCGAGCUCACGCAGGCCGUGAAGCCAGCAGACACAGCAAAGGUGCUUGUCAAGCAGAAGUCUCUUAAAUCACCUCCUCCCGCCUCAUGUAAACCACAGCUCCUCUCCCCAACACAGAAACCCACCCGGCCUCUCGUGGAGUCUCCCUCCGCAGACCGCCGCCACUCCCUCGAACUGAUCCGCAACAUGUGCCUCGAGAUCGACUCUUUUCUCAACGACGUGAAAGAUCACGGAUAUGUCUUGCAUGCUGACGAGUCAAAGAUUGCCGACCGAUUAGAAGAGCUCGAACAUCACGAGCAUAUUCUCUCGCCAAUUGCCGAGACACCUGAAGUGCCCGGAGGUUUCAAUCCUCUAACGCUGACGUAUAGUCUACCGAAAGCGAAUCUUGCGACGAAGCCGUAUAUGUCUGUGUCGUUGGCAGAGAGAAAGUUGGAACUUCCGGUGAAGAACCCGGCGAGGGAGCGACCGACGAAUGUUUGGAGGAAUUUGGGUUCGAGGAAGUAUUUGUUUGUUGAUGAGGGGAGGGUUGUGCCUCAAUGGUAUACCCCUUCUCCCCCAUGUCUGCCCUUCCUUUCCACAUCCACAUCUGCCCUUCACGGCAGCAUGGCCGCCAACGAUGCGGUUAAAGAGGCGCCAUCCGCCUAUGGCUUGCCCUCCCCUUACAACCCGCAAGGAACCAACAUGGCGGGCAUCGCGACAGCCACAGCAGUAAACACAGUUUCGAUGUGGCCGGUCACCACGAUCGGCACAUCGACCUCCUAUGUGCCUAUCCCAACAAACUGUUGGGUGGUGGGCAUGGAAACAAAGUGUGUUCCAAAUCCGCCUCCUCCUCCGGCAGCGGUUGCUUCAACACCAGCUCCUGCAAUCGAGACCACGACAGCAACAGCGGUACUUACACUCACGUCGCAUGGAACGACGAAGCCUUCGGCAACGGGCACCUCUUCUGGUUCGGAAGCUUCUUCAACACAGUCGAUGAAUCCCAGCUCGAUCACCCCAUCUUCAACCACCCCGCCACUCCCAGGCUUCACAGGAACUCCAGACGAAGGAGACUCAAGCGCUCGAUCGCGUCAAAUUGGCGUCGCUCUAGGAAUAUCGUUCGCUCUUCUCCUCGCCUUUCUCCUGAUCUGGGCUUUCUUCGCUUGGAAAAACAAGCUCUGGCCUUUCAGAAAACCAGACGCUAGUAAUGAAGAAGCAGCAUUCCCCAUGGAAAAGAUCGAUCGCAACAACGACGCUCACUUGACUGGCGGCGCAGCAGUCUUUCCCAGACGAAAGUCCUUGCGACCACAAUCCCAGUCUUCCUCAACUCGAAUCCGGCCACCAUCUUCGACGUAUUCACAAGAUCUCAAUCUCGAGAAGCGAAACGAAGCUCCCUAUGAAGCUUGGACCGAUACGAUGAGUAAUGCCAGUCGAAACCAACCGCAGGCUACCAGAGACUUCAUCGAUGGCAGGGGUUCAGGGAUUGAAGAUCAGUCUCCGACGUCAGGACACAGACCUUUCUCCGGAAGCAGCUUCGCAAGUCUCUACGAUCCGAUGCCUCCAACACCUCCACCGACCAGUCCUCUUCCUCCCAUUCCACUCGCAGCAGCUCUUCGCCAGCCGUUGACAGAGCGCCAGCGACGAAGCAUGAUCUACAGGUCGAACUUCCCAGACAGUCCAGUGAUUGCGCAAGAAAGGGGAUUUGAUCAGGGACCUUAUCAGAAUGGGAUCCUCAACAACGACGCCAUGGAAAGUCAUUGGAGUUUGCAGAGGAUGGGAACUCCAUCGCCUGUAGAUGGGCCGUUUGAUGAGGACAUGAAGGUCCCGGGAAGUCCACUUGAUCGAGUCACGGGGUUCGAGUAUCUGUACUCGAUGCCGAAGCAUAGAGACAGUAGAGCUUGA